GAGAAGCUAUCCUAGGACGAGACAACUGUCGGGUUUGUGUGUGUUGAAGCAUAAACAGUAUACGAACAUGAAGUAUUUAUAUACUUUUCUGCUGUGUUUUCUAUGCGCUGUUGGUACAGGUUACGGUUUACAGAUCGAAGCAACGCCUACUACAUUGGUUAUUGGACUAACAACAACUUUGGAGGUGACAUGUCACACUUUUAUCAACAGCAGCACACAGAUGGAGAGCCUGAUUUCCUUGAUCAUUACACGGUCAGGCCAUGGCCCUAGUAAGGAGUUGGCCUCCAUUAACGUCUUCAGUCCAGGCGGUCACGUGGUUGACGUAUCUAAUGAAACUCUGACAGGUUCCGGUAAGAUCGACAACAUGGGUGAGUCCUACCUCCAUCUGGCGUGGAGAUUUCCCGAUGUUAACAAGCGCGGUAUUUACGCGUGUGUAGCUCACGGUGUGAGUCACACUGGACAUCCGGUGACCCUGACCUCAACUAUUUCAGUUAACUCUUCUAACCCCGCAACGGGUCAACUGGUCAAUGAAAUUCACAAUCUGACGCUAGAGCUAGAUACAUGUGAAACAAAAUAUCUGGAUUUGAGUGAGGUGCUCUUUGAAUUUAAGAACAUGUCGCUAGAGUUUGAAACUUUCAAAGCAAAUUUGGAUUUGAUAAAAACUAAUAUGUUCUCAAUUUCUCCUCCGUAUAAUGGUCAUCAUUACUUACUGUCCAACAGGCUUCACACAUACGAUGUAAAAUCAGGAGAAGCUUUGUGUGAGUUGUUUGGUGGUUACCUGGUCGAGAUCAACUCUAGAGACGAGCAUCAAUUUUUGAUAAAUUUUUUGACAAACGAAAACAACAAGCUUGUUUUCAAUGCUGCAAUGACCGGGUUAUCAGAUGAGCUACAGGAGAAUGUUUGGGUAAAUCGACACAGCAAGACCGUGGCUAAUUACACACAUUGGUAUUCGGGUGAACCGAGCGGCGGGCAAAGUCAAAAUUGUGUUGUAUUAUAUUCCACAACAAUGCUUAUGAUUGAUGAUCCGUGCGCUGCUACCAUGAGCGAUAAUUCUUUUAAGCUGACUUACCUUUGCGAGGUGCCAGACCAAAAGCCAGUUUAA